AUGGGUGGAAACACGGGGAUUCAAGACGUUUACAAUCUGGCGUGGAAACUGGCUUACAUUCUCAACGACAAGGCGUCUACUGGUCUUCUGGACAGCUACAACCUGGAACGAGUGAGAUCGUCCGGAUGGACUGUCCAGCAAGCCUACUCCCGCUGCGUGAAUCGUGUCCUCAAGGACCCUAGUGUUCCCCAUGACAAAGAGCUGCCCGACGAGACGGUGGAAAUCGGCUAUCGCUAUCCGGAGGGUGCACUCAUCACCGACGGUCCGGUGGAUCCUCAAGACCAGUGGGAGGAUCCCUACGUGCCUCGAACCACCGUGGGCUCCAGAAUUCCUCAUAAGGUGUCGGAGGAUACAUCCGGCAACAAGCUAUCCAGCUUGGAUCUCAUAAAGCGCAACUUUGUGGUUCUCACCACCAGUGCUUACUCACCUUGGUUAGAUGCUGCGAGACGACAAGAUUUUGAGGUCGACGCCAUCUCGGUCACGGAGACGUCUCGGCUGGUCAAAGACCCAUCUGGGGAAUUGGCAAAGGUUUUGAAGCUUAAGGAGGGGCAGGCGCUGCUCAUUCGUCCGGAUGGAUAUAUCGCCUGGAAAAUGACAGCCGCCGUGGAGAACCUUGCUGAUCAGCUGGGGAUGGUCCUACAAAGAAUCUUGAGGCCUAAUUCGAUGACUAGAACCCGUCUAUAG